CACACUUAUAAAUUGCCUUCUCAGCGUUCAACGGCAGCUUCCCUCAAAGAUGGCGGAAAAUCCGAAGACUGAAGGUGCUCAGAGUCCUCAGAACUCAGACAGCAAUGAUACAGAUUAUCAGAUGACAGCUGACAUGAUGGUGCAUGAAAUGGAUGAUGAAAGAACCAUUGAAGAGGAGGAAAUGAUUGAGUCUACAGAAGAUUUUUCUGCAGAAGUCAACAGCCUUCAAAAGGAGGGGGAAAUGCCAAUAGAGGACCUGCUUGCUCUUUACGGCUAUGGUGGUGAUGGUGAUCAUAGUGAGGUGCCACUUGAAGAGAUACGACCUGAACCACUUCAUCCAUUCCCAUCUGAAAAGGGAGCCAGUGUGCCUAUCAAGAGUUCAGAUGGAAAUGAGAAAGAGGAUGACACCAGAAGUGUCUCAAGUGAAGGGUCCAGAAUCAGUACCACCCAGUCAACAAAUUCUCAGGAUGAAAAUGGCUUUGAUCCAUUUCAAAAUCAAAGAAUUACCAGAGGAAUUGCUUCAUUGCAUGCUCAAUAUUUUGAGCAAGAUGAAUCCACUGAUGAUGAAUACCAACCUUUGGCUGAUGAUUGGAGGAAGGAAGUGGAUGUAGGUCCUGAAUACCAAGCAAGCAUCCCUGAUGGUUACGGUCAUUACAAAGAUGGUGAACAAAUUUAUGAAAAUGAAGAUAAACUUCUUUGGAAGCCUGAAGUAGUUGAUAACAAACAAUUGAAAAGGUUCCUCAGCAGUGUAUUCAGCUCACCAGAAGGCGAAAUUGGCAAUUCGCUGAGAGAUGACGAGCAGGCUCUUUAUCUGUUGAUGCAAUGUGGAAAUGCUGAAGACGCGCUAAAAAGGAGGGGAGAGCAGUCAAAAUUGCCCCCAGCCGUCAGUUUAUGGAUGGAAGAGGAAUGUCGCAAUUUUGAACUUGGUCUUCGUAUAUAUGGAAAAGACUUUCGCCAAAUUCAGAAAAACAAGAUUCCACAUAGAACAGUGGGUGAAAUUGUCCAGUUUUAUUAUUUAUGGAAAAAGACGGAGCGUUAUGACGCGUUUUGUACGCAAACAAGGUUUGGCAAGAAGAAAUACGGAGCUCCCGGUAUCGCUGAUUAUAUGGAUCGAUUUAUGGACGAGGCAGACAGUGUUGUCUCCAGUGGAUCGGCAAGUCCAUAUUCACAGUUACAGGCUGGAAAUGCUUCACCAGCAGAAAUGGCUUCUGUUGACAAACAACCAUCAGUGUCACUCACAAAUAACCAGGCAACCCUGUCUAAACCAACAACAGAUCAACCCGCUACAAAUGACGUUGUUGACCAGCCACUGGCUAAUGCAUCGCGCGGCACAAAUCAUUAUCUCAGCAACCGAAACGCUAAUGGGCAGAGCGCAAUUGCUAGCUCCUCCACAGCAUUAGCCCUUGAAUCUCAGAACUCACGAUCUGUUAUAAGUGGCACCCACACGUUUGUGCCAUCAACCUUUGCAAACGCCCCAUCCUCAGCACAUAAUAUCAAUUCAAGCCCGUUUUCCCCAGUAACCACUGGUUUUUCCGCACCCAAUUUCUCCAGCUCAAACAUUGCUGUCUUUCACAUUCCAAGUCACUUAGCUACAAGCAUAUCGGCUGAUGGCAUCCACUCGAACGAAGGGGCCAAUUUGCGCGGUGCAGAAUCAUUCAGUCACAUGACUAACCCUUGGAGUCAUAACACCAGUAUGCCUAUUCUAGACUCGAAUUUAUUCGGCGGUUCAAGUCGCCAUGGCGUGUACAAAGGUAGCGCCAAUACUGUAGGUCAGCGGACUGUGACAUUUGCCGGGGGAGGCUACCCUGCAAGUUCAAUAGGGCAACCAGUCGAGUAAUUUGUGUAGGUAAGUGAAUUUUCAGCAGAUGGAAUCGAUGCAACUUCAACACAUGUAACAAAACACGCUUGCUAGCUAUAAUUUUAAAGUGCCCUUGCCCCUUAAUAGUAUCAAACAUUUUUUUGGUUAGCAAAAAUAUUUGCAAAGAGGCCCUGUUUUGAAGCACUAAAUUCAAGUUCGAUUUAUAGAACCUUAAAAUUCGUUGCGUGGACCCUUUAUAUUAUUUAACCACGUCGUCAGUCUGCCGAGACUGUAUUCCAGGGGGUCAUUAGCAUAGCCACAUAUAAAUCUAAAAAAUCGACAAUGAAUAUAAGAAAUGUCGUAAGCAAAUUCAACCAAAAUGCAAGUCAUAGAAAAACCCGUACAUAUUUAACUUCAUUUGAAGGAUGGAAGAAAGGAUACAUCUUUGACAUCUUCUCUCAAUCAGUUCUGUAACUUAGGCUCAUCAAAUGAAAUUCGGUGAAAACGGUGAUUAAUACUUUCUCAGGGUACAUUUGUCUUGUUUCGUUUGGUAAAAUAUACUACUGGAUACCAGUGGUUUUUAUUAGGGGGCUUUUUUAUCCCACCUUUUUUGAACGAUGCAAUGAGUUGAAACGAUGUUAAGGCACGAUUUCCAGUUGUCUUGCUCGUGUGUUGAUGUUGCAUGUUUAAGAGGAAAUAUUAUCAGUAUUAACAUAUUUUUUGCCAACAAAUUUAUGAAGAUUAUGUACUUAGCUUUUCUAAGAUUGAGCGAGUCCACCCAUUCUGCUCAUAAUUUGUAAAAUACUCAAAAGAAUUUCCCAGUAUUGCAGGGGUAGUUGAAAUAAGACCGACGCACUCUGAGCCAAGUGCUUGAAACCACCUUUUUGGAGGUGGAGCUUCGUAUUCACAUGUAACUUUGAGUGCAUAAUUUAAUAAACUUUGCCAGUACAUCAGUAGGUAGUCUGUUUUUAAAAUGUCAUCCAAUUGGCAAUUCUCGAGAUAAACUUGGUCAAUAUGGCCGACUCUAUUUAUUUACUUUCGAAAAAUAUCGUUGCUGCUUUAACUCAGAGAGCAGUUAAUCCAUUGUAAAUUUAAGAUGAAAAUAGUAUUAUAUAACCUCGCUGUUUAUGCUUUCGUAGAGUCACUUGCAAUAACGUAGGUUGCAGUAACCUGGCACUGUCCUUCUCAAUUCCCCCUUAUCCUCCCCUCCCCCUCCCAAGAAAAUUAUCUUUGUCAUGGAAAACUGACAAAGAUUUUGAAUCUAGCCAAUAACCCACAUGGAGAUCAAAUCUGAGUUAUUAUUCGCUUAACAGCCAAAGAAAGUAUGAAAACGUCUUCAAAAUAUUUAUCUCCUCUUACAAUAUAACUUCUCUUUUUUCUCCUUUAUCUAAGAUAUCAUAUUAAUUCUACGAUAUCAUUUUCGAUAUGCAACUGAUGGCUAAAGCCAGCAUUCUGUUCUGCAAAAACUCUAUUCAUCUAUUAUUUCUCUCUAAACUAUGAAGACCUCCUUAUCUGAAAAAACUCUCUCAAACCCCGAAAUAGUGAGUGCAUAAUCUAUGCACAAAUAAAGCGACUAUGACAAUUUAGAAAAUGAUAUAAUCUUCUCCCUUAAAUCAAUUGUUAUCUUCCAAAUAUUUACAAAAAGCAGACGUUGUAAGCCAGUCACAUUCUAGCAAGGCGAUAUACUUGAUAUAACUGUAGUUUUGGGCUAUAAUCGACUUUUGUAGAUAUUUUCGUAAGCAUCUGUUAUACUUGGAACCUCCACUAAAUCUCAUUAUAGGUAAAUCUAGUAGUUUUUCUUAGAUACGCUUUAUCGUGACCAUAGAAUGAAUAUCUUGUAACAUGGAGUGCAAGAUUAAACAGCACGGUGUAGUUUUGUUUUGUUAUUUCAUUAAUCAAGAACCUAUCGUGUAGAAACUAGUUUUACUUCAUUCAAGGCUAGUUUAGUUGUCAAGACAUUUAAUGUCUUUUUAUUGGUUCAAAAAAGAUGGUGACGGGUCACGCAAACUUUCAGAAAAUCCCCAAAUAUUCUACUUGACAUGACAGACAGGAUCUUUCAAUACAAAGUUAUCGUGGUUAUUGUUGGAAGAGAGGCCCGCGUCUUCCUUGCAUAGGCUUAUACCCCGUAUUCGUCCAGCCACACAUGCAAUGCAAAAAGUUCGUUAAACCUUUACGCCACGUCCAUUCCUUCCUAUGCUUUUUUAGAGACAGGCAUCUUUUUCUACUCUGCCAGCCUAUUAGGAGGCUUUGAAUAACUAGUUAUGUCAUUAUAGUUAUAUAACCCCCCUACUCCCUUCCCCCACUUUAAAGGAAAAGGUAAUGUCAUGCUCUCAUCUAAAGUAAAGAGAAUUACUUCUUUGUGAGCCGGGCCCGUGUAAAAGGCAUGUGUACUUUAUAAUUAUAAACUUAUAUUGUGUUUCUUUUCGAAAAUGUAUCGCUAGGAAAUGCUUUUGCUCCGUUGCGGGGUGUAAGAAAUGUAUUCUGUGUAUUUUUUGUAAUUUGUUUCAAUAGUACUUUAAAAUAUUGUACGGCGGCUAUAUUGUACAAGUAUUCACCGAAAGCGGGCGAUUUUAAGCCUGACUCCCUCAUAGUGAAUGCAUAUUGUAAAGGAAGCACAGUGGUGCAUCUUAAUUUAUUGGUCAAAUUUAUAGAACAUUAUGGAGUACUAAAUGGUUUUCAAUAUUACCUGUCAUUUUAA